AUGCUAUGGCGUGGGGCGCGAGGGACUGGUGAUGAAGAGUUUUGCCAUGAGGCUGUAUCACAUGGGCCUCAGGGUAUGUGGCUUUCGAGAUUUCUUCACAGCUUGGCUGCUACGCUGUGUAUGAUGCUGGAGGUCAUGGUGGGUGUGGCUGGCGACAUGACGGCACCACGAAUCGGUAGUGGCGAUCUCUUGCUGGUCAGUGCCGGUCCAGGGCAUUUCGGCACGGUUGAAGCACUGGCCAAGGUUGCAAGGAUGGCAGAUGCCAGGGUUGCAUGCUUCACUUCCAGACAGGGGCUGGACAUUCCUUUUGCCGACCUCACUCUCCAAGUUCCUGCCCAGACGAUGGCAGAUUCUCAUGACGACGACCAAUCGCCCUCUUCGGCGCCUGUGCCUAGCAUCCUGCCCAUGGGGUCGUCUUAUGAGAUUGGCUUGUGGGUAGCCUUGGACUGUGCUUGCAUCCUUCUGCAGGAGAAGCUUCGGCUAAGUGAUGACGACAUGUCUGUUAGGCACACCAACUUGGAAUGA